AUGACCGACGACUUCGCCGACGUGCCAGACUCGACAGACUGGCUCUCGACACCCCUCGACGGCCUGGCCCCCGUCGAGGCCGCCCUCCGCUGCCAGGUCUGCAAGGAUUUCUACAAGACCCCGAUGCUCACGUCCUGCUGCCACACGUUCUGCUCGCUCUGCAUCCGCCACGCCCUCGCCAACGACGGCCGCUGCCCGCUGUGCCGCAACACGGACCAGGAGCUCAAGCUGCGCAACAACUGGGCCCUCGACGAGAUUGUCGGCGCCUUCCAGAACGCGCGCGCCAAGACCCUCGAGUUUGCGACGAAGCCGCCGUCGCUGGCACAACAGCGACAACCACGGCCAGCAAGGCCACGAGCGUCGUCGCCGAAACGCAAGCGCGAGAAGAAGGACGGCGACGCGGCGGCGCCCGAGCCGAAACGGCUGCGCAGCUCGGCACGGCUGAGCGGCAGCAGCAGCAGCAGCGGCGCCGCGCGGUCCCAGGAACCCCCGACCCCUGCGCGCGAGGUGUACCAGAUUCCCGACUCGGAGGAUGACGAGGACGAGGAGGGCGGCGACGACGGGGACGGGGAUGGGGACGAGACGUACGAGCCCGAAGAUGGCCUCGUGCCGUGUCCCAUGUGCCAGACCCGCAUGAAGGAGGAGCAAGUCUUUGCGCAUCUUGAUAAAUGCCCCGGCCCCUCGGCGGUGGAAGCGGGGAGCGCGAGGCCAGGGCGGGACAGCGGGGGAGGCGGUUCUCCGGCAGCGCAGUCGGCGUUGCCGUAUGACCAACGGGCGAGGCAGCCCGGGGCGAAGGCUCUGGAUAGACUGCCUUCGCUGAACUACUCGAUCCUGAAAGACCAGGCCCUGCGGAAGAAAAUGGUCGACCUCGGCUUGUCGACGGGCGGCUCUCGCCAGAUGAUGGAAAAGAGGCACAGGGAGUGGAUCACCAUCUGGAAUGCCAAUUGCGACGCGUUGAGGCCGAAACGACGGUCCGAGUUGAUACAUGAUCUCGAGGUCUGGGAGCGAACGCAAAGCGGCAGGCCAUCGGCGCUGGGCAAGGGCCGAGCGGGCGCCAUGGCCACGGCGGUGAAGGACAGGGAGUUUGAUGGCGCAGCGUGGGCGACGAAGCAUGAUAAUGAGUUCAAGGAUCUCAUUGCGAAUGCGAGAAAGAGCCGUACUCAGGCCCAAACGAAGAAAGAGCCCGAUGACACAGCUGAAAAGACUACUGAAGUUGCCGAGGCCGAUGGCGACAAGGGUUCAGAGCCUGGAGGACAUGGUCAAGAGACUUCUACUGCCCCAGCCGACUUCAUGCCUCAAUCAGACCUCGACGGCGAGAUCAUCAUGGCCGAGGCAUCGGCAGUCGAUAAUGAAGCUGAAGUGCAAGAGGCAGAGCUCGGAGCGGAAGAGGCUAAACCACCAACAACAAAACCAGAAACCGUCUCUGGCCCACUCAAGCCUACCAGCGCCCAUCUCUUGCAGGAUGGGUUCGACGAGACGCCGCUCUCGUUAGGCGUGGACGCAGGCAGCAGUCAUGAGGUAUCAGGCUAA